AUGUCAGCCAACGACUUCUACAACUCCGGCCAACAGGGCCAAAGAUCUGACAACAAUUACCAGAGCAACAACCAGGGCGGUCCUGGUGGCCAAGGCGGCCAGAACCAAGGUGGAGAAGGUGGAGACCGUUCUCUUCUUACUUCUGCCAUUGGCGGUGCUAUGGGUGGUCAUUCCAGCGGCGGUGGCGUUGAAAACAUGAUUGGCAACAAGAUUGGACUGGUGCUCUCCGGCGGAGGUAACAACGAGCAGCGCAAUUCUGGUGGAGGUGGCCUCGGUGGUUUGCUCGGCGGCGGAGGUAACAACAACCACAACCAGAACCAGAACCAGGGCGGUGGAGGUGGCCUUGGUGGCCUUAUGGGCAUGCUUGGUGGCGGCAACAACAACAACCAGAACCACCAAGGUGGAAACGGCGGUAGAUACGACAACUACGGCAAUGGUAACCAGGGCUCCCACCAUAACAGUAGCUCUGGCGGUCUUCUCGGUAGUGUUAUGGGUGCUCUCGGCGGUGACGACCGCAAGAACCACCAGGGCGGCUACAAUGGUGGAAACAACCAGAGUGGUGGCCUCUUUGGUGGUUCUGGUAGCCAAGGCGGUAGCCACGGUGGAAGCCACCACUCUAGCGGUGGUAGAUACAACAACAACGGCAACGGCGGCUCUUGGGGCUACAAUAGCCAGGGUGGAAACCAGGGUGGCUAUGGCGGUGGCCAGGGCAAUUAUGGUGGAAACCAAGGCGGUUACGGUGGUGGCCAGGGCGGUUACGGUGGUGGCCAGGGCGGUUACGGUGGUAACCAAGGCGGCAGAUGGUAG